AUUCGCCCCGGGCUUCCUUUUUUGGGCGCCCCGCCCGCUUGCCACGCCGCCUGGGCUUGGUACCCCACUUCUUUCCCUCCUUUUCCCCGCCCUCCUUCCAGCGUUUCUGCCUCUCCCUCCUCGGUUCCUGUUCCCCCCUCUCUUCCUGUCUCCGAUCCCUCCCUCCUCCCUCCUUCUCAGGCAACCAUGUUCGGUCUUUUUUCCUCCGGUCGCAGCAACGCUGCAAUGGAGAACCACCUUUUCAACCUGCGCUACACGGCGAAGCAGAUGAACCGCCUUAGUGCCAAGUGCACCAAGGAGGAAGCCCAAGAGAAGGCCAAGCUCAAGAAGGCUCUCCAGCAGGGCAACCACGACGGCGCGCGCAUUUACGCGCAGAAUGCCAUCCGCAAGCGCUCCGAGUCGCUGAACUACCUGAAGAUGUCCUCGCGCCUGGAUGCCGUGGCCUCGCGCGUGCAGACCGCCGUCACCAUGAACGACGUUUCCCGGUCGAUGGCCGGUGUGGUGACUCAGAUGGACAAGGCCAUGCAGUCCAUGGAUCUGGAGAAGAUCCAGGCCAUCAUGCAGAAGUUUGAGCAGCAGUUCGACGACCUGGACGUCCGUGUGGACACCAUGGAGGAUGCCAUGGGCAGCUCCACGGCCACCAUGAUCCCGGGCGAGCAGGUCGACACCCUGAUCAUGCAGGUGGCCGACGAGAAUGGCCUCGAGGUCAACAUGAGCAUGGCCAAUGCCCCCUUCGGAGUACCCGCCACCCAGGCCCAGACCUCGUCCAACCGCGAGCAGGACGAGCUUUCCCAGCGCCUGGCUCGCCUGCGCAACGAGUCUUAGGCGUGUGUCUGCUCGGACACACCUUUGCACAUACAUCAGCCUCUGCGGCCCCAUGCCCGCGCGUGUGUACAUUAUUCAAGCCCCCAUGGUUGGGACCCGCUGCUUGUUGCCAGGCCACCGGUUUGCCCCCUCUCCUUGGCCCCCUCCAUGUGUAUGUGCGUGUGCGUAUGCGUACACGCCGACCCUGCCCUUGUUCCCGCCUCUCCCCCUCCUCUCCACACUGGGCAGAAGACGCGUAUUUGUUGAGACCCAGAGAAAUAUACGAAAACCAUACAACCAGCAUCCCCGCAGCCUACCUGCCAACGGCCACCGGUCUUUGGCUGGUGGAAGGGCGUCUAUUUGCCGGCCCCAGCUGGCCAGGGGCCCGGACCCAAUGUGCCCUAGUGGCUCGUUUGCGCAUCCAGAAGAUCCAGACGCUCCAAGGGUGCGAAGAUCCCGCCCGACCCGGGGCCCGGCGCGCCCCGCACGGCCCGCUCAUACACAAGCCCCCGAGCAGCCAGCGAGGCAAGAGCGCUUCUGACCAGUGCCCGGGCCAGCCGGGUCCGCUCGCAGAGAUCCUCCAGGGAGAGCUCCUCUGCGCAUGAGUGGAGGCACACCGAACCAAGUGGGAGAGUCAGUGACAGGCAGAAGGGCAAGCCUCUGAGGGGA